UUCCGGGGAACAGGAGGCCUCCUCUCUCUGGUAUCCUGAGCUAGCGAGUUGAGUGCCGCUGUUGCGCGCUGGAGUCCCCGCGCCGCCGCCGAGAUCAUGGUGUUCUACUUUACCAGCAACAGCGUUAAUUCAUCUGCUUACACUAUUUACAUGGGAAAGGAUAAAUAUGAAAAUGAAGAUCUAAUAAAGCAUGGCUGGCCUGAAGAUAUUUGGUUUCAUGUGGACAAACUCUCUUCGGCUCAUGUAUACCUUCGAUUACAUAAGGGGGAGAAGAUAGAAGACAUUCCAAAGGAAGUCCUGAUGGACUGUGCCCAUCUUGUGAAGGCCAAUAGCAUUCAAGGCUGCAAGAUGAACAACGUGAAUGUGGUAUAUACACCGUGGUCUAACCUGAAGAAAACCGCGGACAUGGACGUGGGACAGAUAGGCUUUCACAGGCAAAAGGAUGUGAAAAUUGUGACCGUGGAGAAGAAAGUGAAUGAAAUCCUGAACAGAUUAGAAAAGACCAAAAUGGAACGGUUCCCAGACCUCGCGGCAGAGAAGGAAUGCAGAGAUCGAGAAGAGAGGAAUGAGAAAAAAGCCCAAAUUCAGGAAAUGAAAAGGAGAGAGAAGGAAGAGAUGAAGAAGAAGCGGGAAAUGGACGAACUUAGGAGCUAUUCAUCACUAAUGAAAGUUGAGAAUAUGUCUUCAAAUCAGGAUGGCAAUGAUUCAGAUGAAUUCAUGUGAAUGGAGGAAAGGACCUUUGAAAGAUGUGAAUUUCGAGACAGUUGCAGACGGUUUGAUUUCAUCUGUGUUUGGUGUUAUAAAAAAAAAAAACAACUAAAAUUCUACCUUCAUUCUACACAAAUAUUACCAACGUUGGCGUCUAAAAAAAAAAGUUUCCUUCUUUGCCGAUGGAAAAGGAUCAGAUAUUUAUAAUAUAUUUGGACUUGAAAAAUGGCAUAUAACUUUAGGAAAGUGAAAAUAUUUUUGCUGAAACCUGUCUUGGUACCUCAUGAAAGUUGGCUGCCCUCGUUCUCGGGAUAGACUUUAGAACAAACCAGCCCUGAGAAGUAUUUGUUACUCUGGUGUGUCCCUGAAAACAGAUGUCUUAAAAAGCUU